CAAUGCCUGCCAAUUACGUUAUGGACUUGAUGCUAGCUACUGCUGCUGCUUCUGCCUGAGACCUUCUAGUGCUCAGAGAAGGCAGCAACCCUAUUUUGUGCACCAUUUCGAUAUGCAGCGUUAGGAAUGAGUGACAUGAGAGUUUCUUUUUGAGUAUCUGGAGAUUGUUUAAUCGGCCUCUGCAGGAUCUAAGUCAAGUCCGGUUUUGUAACAACAUUGCGAUCGUUGACUCGGGAAGACCUUCAAGAAUGUCGCACUGUACGCCGGCAUAAUGAGCAUUAACUGAAACAUUGAACGAGGGGGCAGAAUCGUUUGACCCGAUCGAACGAGUCCCUUCUUCCUCAGCUCCUAGUUGCUGAAAGAGACCUCCUAGUUGCUGGUCUCGAUCAUCAUUACACCAAUCAAUUUAUUUCUCUGAGGGAGUUUCGAGCGUGCUUACUUUUAUAAUUAAUCGCAACCUAUGGACUGGACGACGUUUUCCAUUCUCUUUCUUGAAUCACCUCUUUGUCCGGGCAGAUCUUUUGGUGAUCUGCUGAGGUGCUUAAAGGAGGAAAAUCCUUUUUGAUGCAUGCACUUUGAAUUCGCAAAAUAGCAGUACAGAGAGCUCAAUAGAGCUGGGGCGAAGUGACAUGUUUGGAGUCCUUCCUCUCCGUCUCUCUCUCGUGGCUACAGAAGCAGAGCAAGAGCGGCAAAAAGCAAAACCCCAGUUUAAUUUUCUGUGUUUCCCAAAGCUCGUAGCUUAGGCAUGGCAGGCUCCGACGUGCCUCUCCUCGGAAAACCAAAGCCCCCUUCCUUAAGCAGAGAUUUCAGCAGGGUGUUAAGAAAGGGAGAGAGAGAGAGAGAAAGGGGAAAGGAAGAAAAGGUAAAGCAAUGGUCCUCAGAACACAGAUCCCUAUGAGGAACACCGGAAUUUAUCCGCCAUUUGCUCGUUGGACUCAUUCUUUUUGCUUAUUUUAAGACCCUCCCUGCUUCCCUGCUAUCACUUCUACUUGUCUCGGCCAUGGAGCUUCUUAACUUAGCUUGGAGUCGGGUGAUUACGCUGUGUACUGCUCGAUGAUUGAGUUGCCUCGCCCCUGGUGCAAUCGAAGAAGAUGAAGUCCAUAUACAGCACGAACACGAGCAACGACUGCGGUGCUUGGUUGGGCUUCUCUCUUUCCCCUCAAAUGGAGGCAGCUACUGCUGCGGAUCAAUCUCGCUCGGCUCCUGGUAGCUUCUUCAUCUCUCCUCCACUAACGAGCUCUGGUUUCAUGUAUGGCGUCAGCGAGAAUGGAGGAGGAGGAGGAGGAGGACACGACUAUUCUCAGUUAGCCUCCAUUCCACUCAAGUCCAGUGGGUCAUUUUGCCUCAUGGAAGCCCUCGCCAGAUCACAACAAGCAAUGGCGGCAUCAUCUCCGUCUCCCAAGCUCGAGGACUUCUUAGGCUGUGGUCCAGACAUGGGGACCCAUCAGUACGGGGGCAGCAAUGGCAGAAGCAGGGGGGCAGCGAUGGCUUUAAGUUUGGACUGCACCGCGUACCACCGGCACAAAGCAGAGGCAGACGGCAGCGGAGGAGGUCGUCACUCCCACCCCCACCCUCCCUCGGACAUCAUCCACGGCCACUUGCCGCCCUUCCAAGACGGCAUUUUUUCUCUGCUCACCAACCACGAGAUGUAUCAGCCGCCGCUUGCCGAGGAAGCCUCCGGCAGGAUCAAAGAUUUGGUUCACGGCGGUGUAAUGAUGGGCUACGGAGACUUGCAAUCCCUGAGCUUGUCCAUGAGCCCUGUUUCGCAGUCAAGCUGCGUCACCGCUCCGCAACAUGCCUCUCCGGCCACUGCCGGCGAGUACGCCAUCUCCGAACCUUGUAAAAAGCGAGAGUCUAUAGGAGGCGGCCGGAAGCAGCCUGUUCAUCGCAAGUCGAUUGACACAUUCGGGCAGCGGACGUCCCAGUACAGGGGCGUCACAAGGCACCGGUGGACUGGCAGAUACGAAGCUCAUCUCUGGGAUAAUACUUGCAAGAAGGAAGGUCAAACCAGGAAAGGGAGGCAAGUUUACUUGGGGGGUUACGACAUGGAAGAGAAAGCUGCAAGAGCCUAUGACUUGGCUGCGUUGAAGUACUGGGGAGUAAACACGCACAUCAACUUCCAGCUGGAAGAUUACCGAAACGAGAUUGAAGAAAUGAAGAACAUGACGAGGCAGGAAUACGUUGCUCACCUAAGAAGGAAAAGCAGCGGCUUUUCGCGAGGAGCAUCGAUGUACCGUGGCGUGACUAGGCAUCACCAGCAUGGAAGGUGGCAGGCUCGAAUCGGAAGGGUUUCAGGGAACAAGGAUCUUUACCUUGGAACCUUCAGUACUCAAGAGGAGGCAGCUGAAGCAUAUGACAUUGCCGCGAUCAAGUUCCGCGGUUUGAAUGCUGUUACCAACUUCGACAUCUCAAGGUACGAUGUGGAGAAGAUCUUGUCGAGCGGCACCCUUCUGGCCGGCGAACUUGCAAAAAGAAACAAGAGCGUGGAGCGCCGGAGUGCAGCUCCGGUAGCUCAGAGUGGCAGCAACCAAGAGCUCAAUUUGAAUGCCGGAAACAACAACACGAGUAGCUCCGAGUACCAAAAUGAUGAGCCCUUUGCAAACCAUCUUCACAGCCUAGUCGGAGGAGGCAUGGACGGUAGCUCGAUGCAAAGUAUCGGCGAUGAUUCGGGGAAUUCAGGGAACCUGAGCACUGUAAUAGGAAUGCAUUCGCUGUCGCUGAUUACCGACUUGAGCAACUCUCGAGAAGGGAGUCCUGAUAGGGCCGACAUCUCCAUGUUCUUUGCCAAGACCCCGCCGAAGCUCAGUCCUAGUCCGGUGAACUCAUGGAUGCCGGCUACCCAGCUAAGGCCGGGACUGUCCUUCGAUCACCUCCCAAUGUUUGCCGCUUGGGCAGACGCCUGAGCCCCUUCCAUGCCUUGCAAGAGCAGCAGCAGUAGCACCAAACAUUAGUUAGUAAUCAAGCUUGUUUGUAGUUAAGGGAAUGGCAUCAUUCCCUGAGACCUGGCCUCUGUUCUUCUCUUGUGGCUCACAGAGUGUUUUUUUUUUUUUGAUCUAUUUCUUUUGGGCCACUUGGGCAAGGAUUUUGCACUACAGGGGCUUUGGAGCUGGUAGAUUAGCUACUGCAUUGUUUAGUGCUAGUGAAUUUCUAACCUUAUUAUUGCUCAAUCCUUUUUA